GUGGAUAGAGGGAGGGGAGAGAAUGGAAAGGGAGGCGAGAGGAGUCUGUGAGCUGGCAGUGUUCUUGUGUAGCUGCAGGAUAGGAGUAUUGAAUAUUUUCUGGGUCUGGUUUAAUGUUUAGAAAUAGAUGUACAUUCAAUUGGAAUACCCCCUUUGUCUCUGACAUAUUUAAAAGUAAAAAGUUCUUUAUAACAUUAUAUUGAUAUCCGGAGCUGAACAUUAAGACUGUUUAUAUAAGUAAACUAACUAUUGGAUAUAUUUAAGAUCUAUCCAGUGCCACCUCUUCCCAGCUGCUAGUGUCGAUUUUGAAGAGCUUCAUGUCGCGUUUGGAUACACCUGUAUGGAAGAAAGUGGGCAACCAGUGGAUUCCUUUCACCUAAACUCUACUGCACAUUUAUCUAUUCAGAUAGAAGGAGUGGCCUACCUUAUCAGUAAGUUGCCAUUUCAGAGGAUGUAUGUCAAGGCGUGUUAAGCUUGUAUACCUGAGUUCAUGGAAUUCACUGCUCACGUAGGACUAGCUGUUUAAAACUACACAAGGUGAUUCUCCAGAAGAGAUGUGUUUGUGAUGCUAUGGCUUCUGACCGAUCAGGAUUCAUUUUCACAGAUCUAGCUAAAACCAGGCACCAUAUUUAUUAAGCAAUGACAUCUGAUGUUGUGCUAAACUCUCAGCGAUGACAUCUGAUGUCGUGCUAAACUCUCAGCGAUGACAUCUCCUAAUGUCAUGUACAUUCUCUUCUUGACAUUCCAACGGUCAGCUCGACUGUAUGGCCACGUGACCAGCUCAUCAGACAACAUUAAACUCACCAUACAGAACUCUCCUCCGACAUCUGGGACGUGACGGAGUAGCAGAAAGUGGCCAAUAGUUUUCAUCAGCGUCAUCACCGUGCCUCCAUUAAGGAAACGUUUGCAGCACCGAAAUAUCUUGUUCCAGAGUGGCGAGCCUUGAGUAGCUCUUCGAACUGUCUAAAGCAAAGGACAACAGAACUGAAACACGCGCACAUUUUGAACUGGUUAUGAAAGCCAAAGCGUUAUAACAGCUGGAUUUUCUUAGACUGUUAGGGUACGAAAACGGGCUGGACAAAUUUUCCUAUGUUCUAUGCUAUUAAUAGCGCAAUUUUAUUACCGGGACAUCAAAAGGGCCAACAUUUCUUGACAGUAGGACUUAUCGGAAUAUUUUUCAUUGCGUCACAUUUCUGAAUCAGUGUGAUAGGGGGCAGUGCGGAUGAGAAUCUGGCGGAGUGAUAUUGAAGAGUUUCUUAUACGGAUGUAGCAGACGACUGAGCCGUUGCCCGGUUACCAAUGGGUUGAACUGGAACCCCCCAGCAGUGUAAGAUGUGUUAUCACUUUUGGAAUUCAUUGAAUCUAUUGGAUGUUUCCACUUUAGUUCUUGUAGGUUAUUUCUCGAUCAUGGUUCCAAGCUUCGGCUAUUCAAACAACGUUCCAGAUACCUGUGGCGACCAUUUCUUUCUCCCGACAUUUCCCGAGUGCGAUGUUUACCUGGAGGCCAUCCGUUGCCAUAACAACUCGCCGGUAGUGAUCAUCACGUUGACCACGCCGUCUGGCGAGAACGUGCACAGCUUCGAGCCCACCAUCGGGGACGGCGUCGACCUCAAUUUAUACACCAUCAACAAAAACAAAUAUCCAGGUUUGAUAGCCAGGAGCAGUGAUGAGAUUUCACUCUAUCUCCACCGAGACCUAGGGGAUUCUAUGAUAGUCUUUCCCAUUGACGCCCUCGGAAGGGAGUACGAGCUCUCUAGAAUGGCUGGCGGGGACGAUUACGGGAACACAGCCGCCCUUCUCCUCUUCACCCCGUUCAACAACACCAGCAUUUCCGUGACGCCCAUGAAAGAAAGCAACAGCGACGCCCCUUCGGGUCCCGCCACAACAGCGUCGUCGAUUCCGUCUAGUUCUCCAACUUACGCCACGCCGCUGAAACCUGAAAACAUUUUUCUAGACGCCUUCGAGAUCCGCCAUUACUACGUGGACAGGUCAAAGAGAUAUCGCCUGCACUCCAACGACGUCUUCGGGGUGGUGCUCCUCCAAAGUGUGGACGCCCUGGUUCCUAACGAGACAUUGUGCAAGGACGUCAAUUUGUCUUUGUUUGACUUUGUUCCACCGUACUCUGUCCGAGGUCGACACUUUUACAUCGCCUUUCCAAAUACUACGGAUAUUUCUAUUUAUAUUCAUGGCCUACCCAACACCACAGUGGACAUCACUUCAGACUGGUCGUCCUCAGAAGUGCAUCUCGACCACCUCGGGACCAACCUCAGCCACAUCAGGAAGACCGCCUCCGCCUGGCUGUCAGCAUCACAGGCGGUCAGUGUCUACCUCCGCGUGCCAAUGUGCAACGGCUCCUCCCCGUGCCACGACAGCGGUUUCUUCCUGACCAGCGUGGAGCACUACUUCACUUGCGAGGGUAACCGUACUCACGACGGCUGCCUUUGCACAUGCCCGUCUUUCUUCGAGCGCAGCAUGGACCCGGCCAGCUUCCACUUCCUGCACAACUCCAGCGACUCACUGCCCACCUCAGUCUACCCUCUGAUGGUCGGGGCGCUGUUUGACAUCACCACCACCAUCCAGUCCGCCUUCGAGGACGCUGACUACGUCACCGUCACGACCAAUAACUCUUUCCUCGUGUUUCGCUACGACCUGACCAACCUCAACUUCCUUCCAUCGGGCGGCAUGCUCCCUCAUAGCAAAUGCAGUCAGGCGCACAGCCGCGCCCUCUUUGUCACGUGCGACGAGGCGGCGGAGGCGCCGGACACCACACACAGUUCCCAUUACUCCGUCCCAAACCAGUGCUCCUGCGAGUUUUUGGAAAAGCCGACUGACCCUAUAUUAGGAGACAGAGUAGGAGAAGUGGUGGUGGCUCCGCCCUCGUCCGGCAAAAAAUCCGGACCCAGCGAUUAUUGGGAGACAGGUGACGAGGAUACCGCAAGGCCUCUUAUUGCGGUGAUUGUCUCGCUGUGCGUGGCCAUCUUUGCCGUCAUUGCCCUUAUAUCCGGUUACAUGUUAGUGGAACUGACGUCACGGCGGAAACACGUCAGAAACCCAAAGAUAAGACCAUUCGUAUCAUGACAUAGGUGAAGGAGGUUAUUUUCCCCCCAAACUACCACCGUCCUGAGAACAAAAAAAAAAAACCCACAAAAAUGGCGCACUGAACCAACGCCUGUUAAAGCCAUCGCAAACAAUUUCAUCAAGUAACCAAAUAAAGAACUACCCGAAUGGAGCAUUAAAUUGAAGUUAGCAAGAAACCACCAGACGAAACUUGGCCAAUUUCUAUAGAAAUAACUACCAGAAAAAUGUGUUCCAUUAGCAGGGAAAUAAAACUGCUAUUUGAGCACAACUGAAACAGAAAGUCGAUUUGUUAUCGGCACAAAGGAUAAUAAAGAACAAUAAAAAAAACAAUUACAUACCGAGUACUGCAGUUUCCAAGUACCUUGAAACAUUUGUUGACAUUUCCAAACACUUUAAGACAAUCUAGUUUACCUACCAUAAUGUAAUUCAAACAGAUAUAUUAUUAUAGACUCAAACUGGAUACUCAUGGCAACACAUGCGGUUUCUUCUAUUUAUAAAUAUUUUCUUGUGUGGCCACCUAUGAUUAUAUAUAUAUAUACAUAGUGUGUUAGCAUGCCUUUACGACAGAUUUGAAACCAUUCAUUGUUCUCCGGAUGAUGGAAUUUUUGUUAUGGAAGGGAGGUAACAGACACAAGGAAUUCGUUAGUACGUUCGAAUUGCAGCCCUUGCAAAAAUAAUGGUUUAAUGAUUAUUGAAUGUCUUGGAAUACAGAUCUAAUGCAAUGUCUAUUUAGGUGGACCUAUAAUCUAUCAUGUGUAUAUAUAUAUAUUCUAAUGCUGAUAAAAACCGUUGAACCUGUCAUUCAAAUUAAGCCCUUCAGAUGCUCUAUUGUCUUGCUUUUUUCUUUCUUUCUAUUUUAAACAAUAAUUCAAGUGUAAAUUUAGACUUUACAGAAUUAUAUAUCAAUGAUAAGAAAAUAAUAAUAAAAAUCUUAGCAUUGAAAUAAAAUGAAUGGAAGCCAAAUAAAAAUUUCAAUAUUCCCCCUCUACCCCUUGUAAUAGCACAUGAAGGGAUGGUGACCACACAGACAUCUUUGUAACCCUGAACAUUCCUAGGAAGAUUCUCACUUGAGAACUUACUGCUGCACAGCAGCCAUUUUAGAAUAAAAAUUCUAAGACUGUACUCUUAACGAGAGUCUUGCUUUCUUUAAAACAGUUCUCAAUGGUAACAGUGCCAGAGAUUUGGUAAAACAUUUAUAAUGAUAUAUCACAUAUGUAAUAAUAACACUAAAGCUUUAUGAUCCCAGGAACUUGUUUUAGGCCAAGAACAUACCAAUUUGUUAUAUUGGGUUUAAUUAAAUUAAAAAAAAAGGUUAUAGAAAAAUGUAUUUUUAUUUAUGAGAACUAUAUACUGGUUGGGCUCUGUUUAAGGAAAAAAAAUUUUUUAUACAAUUUUUGGUUAAAAAGCUUUUUUUUUUUUUUUUUUUUUUUGUUAAAUAAAAGGCCUAACAUUGUUAGAAAGAAUCAGAGCGAUCAGUACAACUGUACCAAUAUAUCUAAAAACAUUUUUUGGUUGACUUUCCAUUUAAAUUUUGUUCCAUCUGAUUUGAUAAUAUUGUUUAUGUUGUCUAAGGUAAUGAAUUUCAUUUUACAAUGUUUCAAGUCACAGGCAUGGAAGUAUUGGAUCUGUUUGUAAGUGGCGAUUAGCACAAUCUGAGUUGUUUAUAUUUUGGAAAACUUUGAAAUUUGAGUGCAAGUGAUAAAUGUACAUAGACAUAAAUGAAAUUACACAAUAUAUCAAAUAAUAUUAUGAUACUGAUUUCUUUUUAGAAAAAUGUCGAACAAUGGAACUAGAUCAUCUGUCCUGGAGUGGCAAAUAGUCUUACUUGCUGUAACAACAAAACUCAGAAAUAAAUAAAUGUCUAUUAAAAUGAAAAAAAAAAAUAAUAAUAAUAAGGCCUAAAUGAAUGCAUUUUAGUCUUCAGCUCAAUGAAAUAAAUAAAAAAAAAAAAAAAAAGAAAAA